UCCUGUGGUAUAUUCAUUGAAAGAGAGUCUAGUGUACAGCUCUCCCUCAAGUGACCGUGGCCGGACAUCUCUGCAUUGCUGUUUUUCUUCAUGGCUGAUCCAGUGGCAGGAGUGACUGCUGGUGUUUUAGGAGGUAUCCUGUUGCUGGUUCUCCUUGGUAUUGGCAUUUAUUACUUGUGGAGGAGAAUGUGCCCCCGACGCCACUACGAGGAAUUCAUACCACCCACAACUAAUCCAUCUACAAGCUGCCAGUUUGUCAAGCCAUGUUUUAUGACGCCAAUGACACCCUGUGUGAUGCCAGUAAGCCUUCAUCUACAAGCAAUUCAGGAUGAGUUAACGCCCCACAAACAAAUGAUGCGUGGAGCUUCUUUUGGUGAUAUGAGUGCAUUUCCACUUGGAUCCCUGAAUCCAGGCCUCUACAAAUGUCAGCAGGAUGAGCAAGAUGGAGAUGUUCCAUUCCCAGUGGACAAAACAAGUCGCUUAUGCUUCAUGCUGGAGUAUCGUCUUUCCUCAGAACAGCUUCUGGUGUCUUUGGUGAAGGCUACCAACCUUCCGCCUGUCUGUGAGUCCUAUCCAGUCCUACUCAAGCUGUGUCUUCUCCCUGGUGAUAGGCGCCAUCUACAGUCCAAAUCCAAAAGAAGGUCGUGCAACCCAGUAUUCAACGAGAACUACGUUUUCCAGGUGUCAGUAGCCGGUGGGGUGGGAUUUGGGGUUGAUAAGCGGGAGAAGGAAGCUGAGAUAGAGAGGAAGUUUCGAGAUGCAAUGGCUAAGGAGAAGGCACGAUUUGCAGCUGAGAAGUGGCGGGAAGAGACCAAGAUACAGGAGGAACUGCGGAAACGGGAGGAAGAGGAGAGGCAGCAUGGGGAGGAAGAGAUACGACUCACAGAAGAGAAGAGGGCAAAGGAGUUAUACAUCAGUCUCAAGCAGCAGCAUGACGACAGGCAAAAUGACCGAGAAGAUAAAGAGUGGCAAGAGCAAUUGAGAAAGUCUAAAGCUGCAGAUAAGGCAAGGAAAGAGAAAGCUCGAUGCGCACGAAAUGAAUCUAAUCGUCAGUCUUUGCGAGCAAUUGAGAAAGGUCGUGUUGCAGGUCUCAGUGGACUUUUUCAGAAAACCAGCAUCAAUGACACUGGAUCCACCCGUCAAAAUAGUGCCAGUAUUGCCAAUACCACCUCAUCUCCAGUAGCUGUCACUGAUCCAGCUCAACUAAUUAAAAGUGAACAGAACCACAGGCACGUCAUGACCACUGGACAUCCUGCUAGUGACAGUCAGUGGACUCGGUCACCACAGCCCAAGUCUCGGGAUUCAGUGAUGAGUUGGUUCCGAGAGCAGCAGCUUCCAAAGAGAGCCGGCUUUGAAAGGAACAGUCAAGAUAUAGCACCUUGGUUUCACGGUCUGAUUACCCGACAAGAGGCAGAGUCUCUCCUCAUGAAUGCCUCAGAAGGCUCCUUCUUAGUUCGUGUUAGUGAGAGAAUCUGGGGGUACACCCUUUCCUAUCGCCAUCAGAGUGGCUUUAAGCACUUUCUGAUUGAUGCCUCCGGAGAUUAUUACAGUUUCCUUGGGGUCGACCAAAUCCGCCAUGCUACUCUAGCUGACCUGAUUGAAUUUCACAAGGAGGAAGUGAUCACAACAUCAGGGAGUGAGCUACUACAGGAAGCAUGUGCUGUGAAAACUACUGCAAAUGACUGUGGUGGACUGUUCCAAUGAAGGCUGAAGACACAGAUCAGUUAUUGUGGAAUGAAAAACACAUCUGCUUUGUAGACGGAGCACACUUUUAAACGCACACAGCACACUAGCAGCAUAAAGGUUUGCAAUAAACACACCACUAAGCAACCCACACACAGCAGACAAGCCCAAUAGCAGUUAGAUGUGACGUCCAAGGCAAAUGUCACUAAAGCGGCUAUGGCAUUUAGUAGAAUGGACAAAAAUACUUACUAGUCUUGGCUUAGGAACCUGCCACUAAUAGAAUUAGAAUUUGAGCUUAAGGCAGCUGGGAGACAGUGAACAAGCAGACUGGGACUGGCGGUGAGAUCUUUCAGAGCAGAUGGGGAAUGAGGCUCUUGUAGAAAA